CGCCGCCCCCGCCCGAGCACAUUCCCUGCGUGCGCGAAGUGUCCGGCUUCGCCUCGUGCUUCCUCUUCAGCGUCGAGACGCAACACACUAUAGGUUAUGGCACCCGCAGCAUCACAGAAGAAUGCCCGGAGGCCAUCUUCGUGAUGUGCUUGCAGAGCAUCACGGGCGUCAUGAUCCAGGCGUUCAUGGUGGGCAUCGUGUUCGCCAAACUGUCGCGUCCAAAGAAGCGCACACAGACGCUGCUGUUCUCGCGGAACGCCGUGGUGUGUCUGCGCGACGGCAGCCUCUGCCUCAUGUUCCGCGUGGGCGACAUGCGCAAGUCGCACAUCGUGGAGGCUCACGUGCGAGCGCAGCUCAUUCGACAAAAAGUGACGGCGGAGGGGGAGCUGCUGCCCUACUUCCAGCAGGAGCUGCGCGUGGGCGGCGACGGCGACGAGGAGCGCAUCUUCUUCAUCUGGCCCACCACCAUCGUGCACUGCAUCGACCGCCAGUCGCCGCUCUACAACAUGACGGCCGCGGAGCUGGCGCGCGAGCGCCUCGAGGUCGUCGUCAUCCUGGAGGGCGUGAUCGAGUCCACGGGCAUGACCACGCAGGCUCGCUCUUCCUACCUGCCGUCCGAGAUCCUGUGGGGCCACCGCUUCGAGACGCUGGUCACCUUCAAGAAGGAGACCGGCGAGUACGAAGUGGACUACGGCGUCUUCAACAGCACCUACGAAGUGGCCACGCCCCUCUGCAGCGCCCGCGAGCUGGACGAGCGCCGCGCCCGGCUCAGCGGUGAGGCCGCGCCUCAAGCCGCGCACGCCCCGCCCCGUUCCGCCCCGCCCCACCCCGCCGCAUGUGCAGCUGACCCCCGGACCUCACGACCC